AUGUCUAAGGCCGCGGCGCAGGGCCCACCGGCCAUGCCCACCUCCAAGGAUGACAUCAACGGCACAUGGCGGUUUCUGGAGUGGGGUGUGGACAGGAUCAUGUUCAACCUCAAGGACGGCGUCGAUCUCAAGACCUACAUGAGCCUCUACACAUCCAUCCACAACUUCUGUACAGCGCAAAAAGCCGUCGGUAAUACUCAGACUAACACGCUGAAUUCGAACCACCGCGGCGCACAUCUUCUCGGCGAGGAGUUGUAUCAUAGGCUCAAUAACUACCUCAAAGAGCACUUGGCGGGUGUGCACAGCGAGAUGGUCAAGCAUUCGGAUGAGGCGCUGCUCACAUACUACAUUGACCAGUGGAAGAGGUAUACUACUGCAGGAACUUUCAACAACCACUUAUUCAAGUACCUGAAUCGUCACUGGGUGAAGCGCGAGAUGGAUGAGGGCAAGAAAGACAUCUUCGACAUCUACACUCUGCAUCUGGUUCGGUGGAAAGAGGACAUGUUCGGCACAACGCAGAAUGCGGUCAUGGAUGCUGUCCUUCGAUUGGUGGAAAAGCAGAGGAACGGUGAGACCAUCGAGCAGUCGAAGGUCAAGCAGGUCGUAGACUCAUUCGUGGCACUCGGCAUCGACGACACCGAUAGCACGAAGACGAAUCUCGAGGUCUACCGCCAGUACUUCGAGAAGCCUUUCAUCGACGCGACGAGCAAAUACUACGAGAACGAAUCGCAGGCCUUCCUCGCCGAAAACUCUGUGGUCGACUACAUGAAGAAGGCUGAGCGGAGACUCGACGAGGAGAAGGAGCGCGUCCCACUCUAUCUGCUACCUGAGAUUAUGCAGCCACUCAUGAAGUGCUGCGAGACCUCACUGAUUCAAAAGCAUUGUAACUUGAUGCGCGAUGAAUUCCAGGUCCUGCUCAACAACGACCGCGAGGAGGAUAUGGCGAGGAUGUACAAGCUCUUAUCUCGCAUCCCUGAAGGCCUGGACCCUCUGCGCACAAAGUUCGAACACCACGUCCGCACGGCUGGUCAGGAGGCCGUCAACAAGGUGGCAGAUCAAGGCGACAGCCUCGACCCGAAGGCGUAUGUCGAUGCUCUGCUCGAGGUCCACACCCAGUACGCCGCACUUGUUCAGACAGCGUUUACUGGGGAGUCGGAGUUUGUGCGCUCGCUGGACAACGCCUGCCGAGAGUAUGUCAAUCGCAAUAGAGUCUGCGAGAAGAACAGUGCACGCUCGCCUGAGCUCCUUGCCAAGCACGCUGAUAAUGUUCUCAAGCGCUCGACUAAGGCUACCGAGGACGACGACAUGGAGAAGCUGCUCAACCAGGUCAUGACCGUGUUCAAAUACAUCGAGGACAAGGACGUCUUCCAGAAAUUCUACUCCCGCACUCUCGCCAAGCGUCUUGUCAACGGCACCUCUGCCAGUGGUGAUGCCGAGACAUCCAUGAUCUCCAAGCUCAAGGAUGCCUCCGGCUUCGAGUACACCAAUAAGCUUCAGCGCAUGUUCCAGGACAUGCAGACCUCUAAAGACCUGAACGGCAACUACGAGGACUGGGUGAAGUCGACUUUCGAUUCCGAGGAUCGUAAGGACGGCGUGGAUGCUUACUAUCAGAUUCUCGGCACAGGGUUCUGGCCCCUUCAGCCCGCCAAUACGUCUUUCAUCCCUCCCAACACCAUCGUCAAGACCUACGAGCGCUUCCAGAACUUCUACAACAGCAAACACGGCGGCCGUAAGCUCACAUGGCUGUGGCAUUUGUGCAAGGGCGAGAUGCGCGCCAAUUACGUCAAGAUGAACAAAGUCCCCUACACCUUCCAAGUCUCCACCUACCAAAUGGCCAUCCUUCUUCUCUUCAAUGAUUCCGACACCGUCAGCUAUGACGACAUCGCAAGCACGACUGCGCUGGCUAAGGAGACUCUUGACCCUUCUAUCGGUAUCAUGCUCAAGGCCAAGGUCAUUACUGCUGUGCCUGAAGGUGCCCCCAACCAGAGCGGCACGUCAUAUACCCUCAACUACGGCUUCAAGAACAAGAAAAUCAAGGUCAAUCUCAACGUAGCGAUCAAAGCGGAGCAGAAGCAGGAGGCGGAGGACACGCAUAAGACCAUCGAGGAAGACCGUAAGAUGCUUAUGCAGUCUGCUAUAGUCCGGAUUAUGAAGUCUCGGAAGACAAUGAAGCAUCAGGAACUAGUCUCGGAGACGAUCCAGCAGAUCAAGAACCGUUUCUCGCCCAAGGUCAGCGAUAUCAAGAAGUGCAUCGACAUCCUCAUCGAGAAGGAGUACCUUGAGCGUCAGGACGACGGCAACCUGGGCUACCUUGCUUAG